CAGCAGCAGCCGCCUCAGUAGGGCAGGAGCACCGCACUGAGUCACAUCUCUAUUACACGCACGCACCUUCACGCACACAGACGCAGCCUCCUGCGGUAUAUCCCGCGCAAGGCGCAGCAGCUUUUCCCACGGCAUACUAAGUGCGUCCUCGCCGGGAGAUGGGAGGUGCGGCUCCUGGGUCUGAGAGCGCUCAAAGCGGCUUGGUGUAGAGGCUGAUCGGGGAAUGCCGCUGGAAGUCUGCUGCUAUUUCUGUUCCCAGUGCAGGAUUCACAUUUUAACUGCGCCGCUGCCAGGGAUUUAAAGUCAACAAGCCUUCUGAUCAGGAUUGUUAUUCUGAACAUUUCACUCUUUUCUUUUUGCGGGGUGAGAGAGUAAGCAGAGUUGGGAUUUGCUGUGGAGGUGCCCCUUCUCCGCAGUGCCGAUGCGGUUGUGGCUGAUUUCUGCAUAGAUUACAGGUGCAUAAUGUUCUCCGUCUCAGAACAAGCUUGAUCCUGCAACAGUGCUGGACUGUGCCUCUGUCCUUCUCCUUACCUGCCCAACCAUCAGCACAGCCAUGGCAUCCCACAGAAGAACACGGACCUAUUUUUUCUUAUGCUGCUUCCUUUUUAGUUUGGUGCUUCCUUCGGCAUCACAGACGGUGGUGCAAGCCCCACAGGCCCACAGUGCCGGAUCUCAAGUAAUCACAGCCUUGCUCCAAGAGGACGGGUAUGCCUCAUUUUAUGCUGAAAACCCAGAGUGGACAUUUAACCAUCUUGCUGUGGACUAUCGCAAUGGCAAUGUUUAUUUGGGAGCAGUCAAUCGCAUAUACAAAUUGUCUCCAAGUUUGGAGGUCCAAGUGUCCCAUGAGACUGGUCCAGAUGAAGACAACCGCAAGUGCUACCCACCUCGCAUUGUUCAGCCUUGCAGUGAGCAACUGACUCUUACCAACAAUGUGAACAAGAUGCUUUUAAUGGACUAUAGGGAGAACCGGUUGCUAGCUUGUGGAAGCCUAUACCAGGGCAUCUGCAAACUCCUCCGUCUAGAUGACCUGUUCAAACUGGGAGAGCCCUUCCACAAGAAAGAGCACUACCUCUCUGGUGUCAAUGAGAGUGGCUCCGUUUUCGGUGUCAUUGUUUCCUAUGGCAAUGCUUCUCCAGACAUGUUGUUUGUAGCCACAGCAGUUGAUGGUAAACCAGAGUACUUCCCGACCAUCUCUAGCAGAAAGCUGGCCAGAAACUCAGAGGAGGAUGGCAUGUUUGCCUACGUCUUCCAUGAUGAGUUUGUGGCCUCUAUGAUUAAGAUCCCUUCGGAUACAUUCACCGUUAUACCUGACUUUGACAUAUAUUACAUUUAUGGCUUUGCCAGUGGGAACUUUGUCUACUUCUUAACUUUGCAACCUGAAAUGGGAGGCGGACCCACCACAGGGUCCUCUUCAGCUGGCCGGGAGCAAGUUUACACAUCCAAGAUUGUUCGCCUCUGCAAGGCAGACACUGCAUUUAACUCGUAUGUUGAGGUCCCUAUCGGGUGCAUAAGUGGAAACGUGGAGUACAGAUUACUUGAAGCAGCCUACUUAUCAAAAGCCGGUUCUAUACUUGCACCUUCACUGGACGUGGCCCCAGAUGACGAUGUGCUUUUUGCCAUCUUCUCAAAAGGUCAAAAGAGGCGUCCAAGGCAAGCCUCCCAGGACUCUGCUCUGUGUGUUUUUUCACUUCGAAAGAUCAAUGAGAAAAUCAAGGAAAGGUUGCAGUCCUGCUACAAAGGAGAGGGGACAUUGGAUCUGGCCUGGCUGAAAGUCAAAGAUAUUCCUUGCAGCAGUGCGCUCUUAACCAUCGACGACGACUUUUGUGGCCUUGACAUGAAUGCACCUCUGGGUGUUUCUGAGAUGGUGCGUGGAAAGCCUCUCUUUUCAGACGCCGUUGACAAGAUGACUUCUGUGAUUGCCUAUGUCUACAAGAACCACUCAUUGGUCUUCGUUGGUACAAAAAGUGGACGAGUGAAGAAGGUAAAGAGACGAGUUUUGGUUGAGUAAACUGCAUUAUAGAUG